UGAUGAUGAUGAUGAUGAUGAUGGAUAUGGGCACCGCAGACACCCCACUUUGGACAAGUAUUAUUGGGUGUAAACCACAGUGUAUCAAGGCAAGUUCACUCUGUAUCAUUCUGAUCCGUGUGAAAAAUGCAAGUAAAACAAAAAAAAAAAAAAAACGCAAAUACACGUGUUCUCUUCUCUGAAAGCAUUAAAAAUUCAUACUUUUUUUUUUUUGUUUGUCGAACUUUUUGAGAGUCAUGUUUUCUUUCUUAGGAGGUGCAGCAAAGUAUAUGCGCAUGUACAUUAAAAAACAACUACGGUACGGAGAACUCUUAUGCGAAUGUAGGUGUCCAGCAUCUAAGAUAGCAUUGGAUAUGGCGAUUCUCGGCAAACUCGUUCAUCCCCGACACUCUUCUAUGUAUCGUACUAACACACUGGAUUUCUUAAGACUUUUCUUGAUUGUAUGGAAGCACGAGAAGAAGAUAUUUUAAUGCAGCAGUCAGCGUGUUUAAUUGUUCAACAAAUACGCUGUUUUAUCGCCAUGCUUUUUUUUUGCUGGUCUUCAAUGUGAUAUUCGAUAACAUAAAUUGUUCGAAUUUUUCGAAUUCUUCCCGUCCUUUUUUAUUAUACGACUACAAUAAAAACAUGUGUAUAUAAACAUAUUAUGUAUUAAUACAAUGAUUAAUGAAUUACUAAAUGAUUAAUAAUAGAAAUUAAUUACGAAGAUACAUGAUACCUUACCUGAUGCAAAUUAGUGUAUUGAAUGUUAAAAUAUAAAAUUUGGUGGUAAGUAAUAUAACGCUAAUUUAAAUAACCAACGUAUAUAAAAUACUAUCAGGAUAUAAGAAGAAACGAAAAAGAAAAAAAAAAGAUUCUUUUAUCGAAUUUAAUAAUGUACAAUAGAUAUGUAUAACUUAAGAAAUUAAAAAAACAUGAUACGUAUGUAAUCUGUUUAUUAAUGAUGCAAGUAAAUUAUUUUAAGUGUAAAUUACAUUCUAAAUAUAAAACUGCAAAAUUAUACUAUUAAAUAUAAUAUAUCUUUUUCGGAGAUAUUACGUAUAUCAAAGAUAACAUAUAAUUUUCUUUUUUUCAUUACGUAUUGUACAAUACGGUAAACGAUAUGUUGUAUGCACUUGUGCAUCAGUAAUAUGUAGUUAUAUUAAACAACUGUUAUAUAAGUUUAUGAGGUGAUGAUAAUGAAAUAUUUUUCCAUGUACGUUUAAACGUGAUGGAAAAUUACGAGAAAAAUUAUAAUACGUUUGAUUGUUGGUAAUUAUUUGAACAGAAAUUAAUGUGAUCAUUUUAAAUUCUUGAAUUUUUAGUAUUUGCUGCAUUUAUGAAAUAAAAAUGUUAAGAUAACGUAUGAAACGUUAGCAAUAAAGAUAACAUUUCAAUAUAAACAGUUUUGAGUGCACGUGAUUUCGUUGAACUUCGCAAUAGCAAGUAACAUAUUUCCGCCACAGUGUAGUGGCGUAUCGUCGAUAUUCAUGUAUAUUAAUUUACAAUAAAUUACACGAAAAUCUUAACAAAUGGCGAUGGACUUACGGGAGGGUCUUCUACUAGGCUUGGGUAAUCCUCUUCUUGAUAUUUCAGCUACAGUAGAUAGGGAUUUUUUAAAAAAAUAUGAUUUAAAAUCAAAUGAUGCAAUUCUUGCUGAAGAAAAACACAAGCCUAUAUAUGAUGAAUUAAUUGAACUGUACAAAGCAGAUUUUAUCGCCGGUGGUUCUGUACAAAAUACCAUGCGAGUAACACAAUGGUUCCUGGACAAACCAAGAAUUGCAACUUAUAUGGGCUGCGUUGGAAUGGAUAAGUACUCAAAAAUUUUGGAAGAUAAAGCACAAGCGGAUGGCUUAAAUAUUCGUUAUCAAUAUACAAAGAAAGAGCCUACUGGUACCUGUGCUGUUCUUAUUACUGGAAAUGAACGUUCCUUAUGUGCCAAUUUAGCUGCAGCUACCUGCUUUUCACCUUCACACAUAGAAGAAUCUGAAAAUAAGAAGCUUAUAGAAAUGGCAGAAUAUAUUUAUGUUUCUGGUUUUUUCUUAACUGUAAGCCCAGAAACUAUUCAGGUAGUUGCUAAACAUGCUUUAGAAAAAAAUAAAAUGUUUAUAAUGAAUCUAAGUGCACCAUUUUUAUGUAUGUAUUACAAAAAACCAAUGUUAGAAGCUCUUCCUUAUGUAGAUAUCUUAUUUGGUAAUGAAGUGGAAGCUGAUACAUUUGCAAAGGUAAAUGAUUUUCAAACUACAAAUAGAAGAGAAAUUGCAUUAAAAUUAUCACAAGUGGAAAAAUUGAAUAAGAAAAGGCAGAGAAUUGUUAUAAUAACACAAGGUCCUGAUAGCAUAUUAGUUGUUAAAGAUAAUACUAUAAUGGAGUUUCCUGCUGCAAAACUCCCAAAUGAAAAGGUUGUUGAUACUAAUGGAGCAGGCGAUGCAUUUGUAGGAGGUUUUUUGGCACAACUUAUACAAAGUAGAAAUAUAGAAGUUUGUAUAAAAUGUGGAAUUUGGACUGCAACUCAAAUUAUACAAAGAUCUGGAUGUACUUAUGAAGGGAAACCUGAUUUCACUCCUUGAUCAUACUUAAGUCAGUUAGUAAUUGUAAAUUCUGUACUUAAUAAAUUAUUUAACAACUUUUUACCUCGAUUUCUAGAGUCACAAAAUUAGUUUAUACCUAUCUACGUUUAAACGUAUUAUUUCUCUUAUAAUGAAAAUCACAAGGACAAAAAUAAUAAAAAUAUUAAAAACAUAUGCAAUUAUUAUUAUUAUUAGGAAAAUAACACUUUAUUUUCUAAAUAUACGAAUCUUUAAA